AAGCCUUUCGUAAUCAUGGCCGACUGAACUGACAUGGCGGGAAAAAAUCAAACUUCAUUUCGUCAAGAUCUGCAAACACUAUUUCACAUCUUAUUGAUAUCUCUCAUAAUAAGUUAAAUUUAAUGUUUUUGGAGUUAUUAUGCAAUGAAAUAGAAAUAUUUAGCCUGCCACGUCGCGGCACCCCUCCCGAUCGCGAAGCGACGGUCGUUGGCGUCCGUAAAAUCAAUAAUCCACUUGUAAACAAGACUUCAUGCGGAGCAAACAAUUUCCUACGUAGAAACGUUUUAUACAUUGUUAUUUUCCGUUUAAUGUGUUUAUUUCCUAAUAACAAUCAAUUAAAUUGUUGAAAAAUCUAGAUAGUCUAUUAGAGUGUACGUGAACCAUGGAUUCGGCGAAUGUGGGAUAUUCCUACCACUUGCCAUCAGGCGGAUGGAAUUACAAAAUACGUAAUACGCUGUCACAGUUUAGCGAUUUGUUUAGUGAAUUCAAUAAAUAUAUUGCGCCGGCAUAUCACCACGAUCGUUGUGAGAGAUCAGUCCAAAUGAGGAUAUAUUCGAUGCACAAAGGAGAGUUUGUGAUGGUUUUUAUAGCAUUUUUUGCUUGCUUUGGAUUGGGUGUGUUCAUAGGAUUAGCAGGGCCAUCGCCAACAAUGACGACGUCAGUCGCAGCGUCAACACUGAUCACAAACAGUAGCGACAUCUGUCGCGGUCCCUUCCACCUUCACAGCCCGCCGCUGGGCAGUGUGCAGCAGCUGUGGUUGCUCGCUGAGAUUCUGACCAAUAAUAAUGAUGAGGAAAUAUUCGAUAAGAGUUUUCAAAUAAGUAUAUCAAUAGAUGGAGUUCUAAGUGACCAUACAUCAAUUAAUUUAAUACCAGAAAGUUCAACCACAAAUAGAACUCAGCAUUUAAAAUGUAAAAAGCAGGUGUGCGAUGAAGUGAUGGUGCUCCACCUAGGGUCCUUGGAAUACACACAUUAUAUCCUAAACAUACACUUUUACGGUCUUAGAGAGUUCCACAAAAGAUAUUAUAUUAGAGAAAUUAUAUUCUAUUUUAAAAUGUAUAACCCAGCGUUUACGCAGAUGGAGACGUGGUUCAGAUUUAUUUUUCUACUAACGACGUUUUCUAUAUCUUGUUGGUUCGCGCAUUCUCUAAGAAAGUACUCGACCCACGAUUGGGCGAUAGAGCAGAAAUGGCUGUCCAUAUUGUUACCGCUCUUGUUACUUUACAAUGAUCCGAUAUUCCCGCUACGCUUGGUGUCGGGCAGUUGUUUUGCGCCUCUCGUGGACACCAUUUUCCAAACGCUGUUCCUAACAUGUGUUCUGCUAUCCUGGUUGGCCCAAUACCAUGGACUGAGACAGAAUGAGAGAGGAUUCAUAUCGUUUUACUUAUCAAAAGUUAUAGUGGUGGGGCUGGUGUGGAUACCAGCCAUGAUCAUCACAAUUUGGCAAAAAUAUUACGCCUUUUACGACCCUACGUUCAACUACAACUUGAAUCCCAAUUAUUCCGUUGUUAAAGUGAUGUUCUUCUGUGCUAUUGUUGUAUAUUUCCUAUAUUUAUUGAUAUUGAUUAUAAAAGCAUACAGCGACUUGAGAAAUAUGCCGUUUUUUGAUAUAAGACUCCGAUGCCUGUCCAUAGUAGUGGCUACGGUAACGGUGAUAACUACGCUGCUCGCGUUGCAAGGCUGGGGCCCCGCAGCUCUGCAGGAUCACUGGGCUUCGCAGCCUAAAGUUCAUUACGACACGUCCGCUCCGUUCAUGGCUAUGUACGGCCUGUUCAAUUUCAAGAUGUACAUAUUAGCCUAUCUGUUCUCGCCUGGUGGUGGAUCGGUACACGAAACGGCUAUAACUAAAGAUAACCCUGCGUUUUCUAUGAUCAACGAUUCCGACGAAGAAGUUAUUUAUGGCUCAGAUGAGGAAAGUCGACGGCCGCUCAACUCACACCACAGAAUCAACAAUGAGGACAUAUGAUUCAUUAGACAACUUAUAUUUUUCGUGUUUCAAUGUUCUUUCUUAUUAUAAUAUUAUUUAAGAUUA